UUAAGCCCCAUUCAGCACAGUAAGCAGAGCAUCCCGACGGCAUCAUGGGGUGCACAGUGCUGUGUCUUACACUUCUAGCCCUGAUUGCAGGCUCCUAUGCCCAACCACCAUGUGCUCUGAUCCUGCCCAAUUUGCUCCGUGUGGAGAGUGAGGAGACCAUCAUCAUAGAUGGACAAGGACAAAGCUCACAAUUUGACGCCGAUGUUGAGAUCCAAGACUUUCCUCAAAAAAAAUUCUCCCUUGCUAAAGCCAAGGUUCCUGUGAAUAGCGCCAACAAUUACCUCGGGGUAGUGAAAAUGACGGUUCCUUCCAAGGAUUUGCUGAAAGACCCAAAGAAAAAGCAGUUUGUCUACGUCAACGUGAAGUCUCCCCUGUGUACGAUUGAGAAAGUUGUCCUUCUGGUAUUCCAGAGUGGAUACAUUUUCCUUCAGACUGAUAAAACAAUCUACACCCCAGGAUCUUCAGUUAUGUAUCGUAUAUUUAGCAUGAACAACUUUUUGCAACCAUUGUCUAAGGCAGUAGUCAUCGAGUUUCUGACCCCAGAGGGGAUCAUUGUAAAGAGAGACACUAUACGUCAAGAGAGCAAAUCGGGUAUUAUCUCCCAGGUACACAAAAUGCCUGAACUCGUGAGUUUGGGGGUUUGGAGCAUUUCUGCAAAGUAUGAAGACUCACCUGAACAGAAUUUCACCACAAACUUUGAGGUGAAGGAAUACGUUAUUCCCAGUUUUGAAGUUUCCUUGUUACCAUCACAGAACUAUUUCUAUAUAGAUGAUGAUAAAUUUUACCUAGACAUUAAAGCUAAUUUCCUCUAUGGGAAGCCUGUGGAGGGCAAGGCCUUUGUGUUGUUUGGAUUGAAGAAAGGCGGUGUGAAGAAAGGAAUGACAAAAACUCUGCGCAGAGUCUCGAUUGAAAAUGGUGAAGGGGAAUGUGAACUGGAAAGAAAAGACCUUAUCCAGUACGUCCAAAAACCAGAGGACUUGUUGGAGUUCACCUUGUACGUGACCGUUACAGUCAUCACGUCUUCAGGUAGCGAUUUGGUGGAAGCUGAACUGGAUAAUAUUCAUAUGGUGAUCUCUCCGUUUAAAGUCCUUUUCACCAAAACAUCCAAAUAUUUUAAGCCUGGCAUGCCUUUUGACCUCAUGGUGUUUGUCACGAAUCCUGAUGGUUCUCCUGCGAAUCGCAUCCAAGUGAUUGCGGAACCGGGUAAAGUUCAGGGAACAACACAGAGUGAUGGAACUACUAGACUGACGCUUAACACCCCAGCUGGAAUAAACUCUCUGCCAAUAACUGUAAAAACAGCACAUCCUCCAUUACUCCCUGCCCGCCAAGCUUCAGCAUUCAUGACAGCCAUAGCUUACAAGCCAUUAGGUGGGAUCGAAAAUUUCCUGCAUAUCGGCAUCACCGGGUCAGAGCUGAAACCGGGAGAAAAUGUGGCUGUGAAUUUUAAUAUAAGGAACAGUAUUCUGGCAACUCAGAACCAGAUCCAGCAUUUCACAUACUUGAUCAUAAGCAAGGGCAGAAUAAUACAAGUGAGCAGACAACAACGCCAACCAGGUCAAUCCCUUGUGACCAUGUCUCUCCCGGUCACGGAAAACUUAAUUCCUUCUUUCCGUAUUGUGGCUUAUUACAUCGUGCAGACAACAGCAGGACGUGAAAUAGUGUCAGACUCCGUCUGGGUGGAUGUCAAAGAUACCUGCAUGGGCACCCUGGUGGUCACCGGUGAGAGAGAGAGAGAUAACAGGGUCCAGAGCCCAGGUUCCCCAAUGCGGCUGAAAGUGAGAGCAGACCAUAAAGCCAAUGUGGGACUCGUUGCUGUGGACAAAGGUGUUUUUGUGCUGAACAAGAAGUUUAAGAUCACACAAAGCAAGGUGUGGGACUCUGUAGAAAAGUCUGACAUUGGCUGUACACCCGGCAGUGGUGCUGACAGUGCGGGAGUAUUUUAUGAUGCUGGGUUGGCUUUACAGACAAAUUUUAAGAUUGCCUCAGCUCAAAGAUCAGAGUCAGAAUGCCCAGCACCAUUAGUAAGGAAGCGACGUUCUUCAGCUGUGAUUGUUGAAUUUAAAGCCACUAAAUCUUCAGCCUAUAGUGGCCAUGCAAAAACAUGCUGUGAAGAUGGCAUGAGGGAAAAUCCAAUGGGAUAUAACUGUGAACGUCGAGCACGCGUGAUCGUUGAUGGAAAAGAGUGCGUGGAUGCCUUCCUGGACUGCUGCAAAACCUUUGAGAAGAAAAAGGAAACAGAGAGGCAUUUAAAAGAGGAAGAUCCGUUUGAAAGAAGUGAUGAAGAUGACGAGUUCUUGCCUGAUGCCGACAUUAUGUCCAGGAGUGAGUUCCCAGAGAGUUGGUUCUGGAAAAUAGAACAAAUGACAGAAAGGCCAGAUGAAAAUGGUAUUUCCACCAAAGUGCUGCCUGUUUUCCUGAAGGAUUCAAUAACCACAUGGGAGGUUUUGGCUGUGAGUCUGUCUGAAAAUAAGGGUAUCUGUGUGGCUCAACCAUAUGAGAUUCAAGUUAUGAAGGACUUCUUCAUCGACCUUAGACUGCCUUAUUCUGUUGUGAGAAACGAGCAGGUGGAGAUCCGGGCUGUUCUCUACAACUAUGGACAAGAAAGAAUACGGGUACGAGUGGAACUGACACACAACCCAGAAUUUUGCAGUCUCUCCACGUCUAAAAAGAAGUUCCGCCAAGAGAUCUUCAUCAACUCUCAUUCCUCUGCUGUUGCCCCAUUUAUUAUUGUGCCGCUAAACUUGGGUCUGCAAGAAAUAGAAGUAAAGGCCUCUGUUGCAAAUCAAUUUGUGGCAGAUGGUGUUAGAAAAAAGCUGAAGGUUGUGCCAGAAGGAAUGCGUCUGACCCAAGUUGUCAAGUCAGUGACUCUGGAACCACAGGUGAAAGGUGUAGAUGGUGUGCAGACUGAAAAGAUUUUACCAGUGGAUGCGAAGAACAUUGUUCCCCGUUCAGACAUUGAUACAUUCGUAACUGUAACAGGAACUCCAAUCAGUCUCCUGGUGGAAGACGCUGUUGAUGGCAAAAAUCUAAACCAUUUGAUUGUGGUGCCGGCUGGGUGUGGGGAACAGAACAUGAUCACCAUGACUCCCAGUGUGAUAGCCACACGUUACCUUGAUGCCACCAACCAGUGGGAGACAGUAGGACUAAACCGCAGAGAACAAGCCAUCAAGAACAUAAAACAAGGUUACGUACAGCAACUAACAUACCGUAAACCAGAAAACUCCUAUGCAGCCUUUGUAAAUAGACCAGCAAGCACAUGGCUCACUGCUUACGUUGUCAAGGUGUUUGCCCUUGCGCAGACGCUGGUGGAUAUCGAAAGCAAUGUUCUGUGCGGGGCCGUUAAAUGGUUGAUUUUGGAGAAACAGAAACCUGACGGUUUAUUCACAGAGACUGCACCCGUCAUUCAUCAGGAAAUGAUUGGAGGAGCCAGAGGAUCCAAGGAGCCAGAUGCAGCCCUCACAGCCUUUGUACUCAUUGCUUUGCUGGAGAGUGAGAAAACGUGUACCGCGCAUGUCAAUAAUCUGAGACCCAGCAUUGAAAGAGCAACAAGUUUCCUAGUAGGACAGUACCCAACACUACGCAAACCGUACACUGUCGCAAUCACCUCAUACGCUCUUGCUAUGGCUGGAUUCCUAGAUGAGACCAGGACCCUGCUUGCAGCAUCCACAGAUAAAACUCACUGGGAAGAACCAGACUCUCGUUUCGUCACACUAGAAGCCACAUCUUAUGGCCUUAUGGCUUUACUUAAAAUGAAGCAGUAUGAGCUGACUGGCGCCAUCGUACGCUGGCUCACUGAGCAGAGGUAUUUUGGAGCAGUUUAUGGAUCAACACAAGCAACCAUCAUAUAUUUCCAGGCUCAAUCGCAAUAUCAGCAAGACGUCCCAGGGAUUAACGAAUUAGACUUGGACGUUGCUCUUCGUCUGCCAGAGAGAAACCAGCCUAUAACUUACCGCCUUAAUUUGGCUAAUGCUAUGUUAGCCCGUUCAGCUGAGACUCGUGUGAAUAAAGGAUUCCAGGUGGAAGCAAAGGGUAAAGGACAAGGAACCCUGACGGUAGUGACCGUGUACCACGCAUUAGUGACAGAGAAAGAGAGAAAGUGCAACAAUUUUGACCUUUCCAUCAAGGUCAAAGAACUUGAUGGAUUUAAAGUUAAGAGACCCGAAGGUGCAUUCUCAUCGGUGGCUUUGGAUAUUUGCUUCAAACAUCUCAAAGAUGUAGAUGCCACCAUGUCUAUCGUUGAUGUGACAAUGAUGACUGGUUUUGCUCCAGACAUAGAUGAACUUAACAAGCUCACAAGAGGUGUAGACAAAUACAUCUCUAAAUUUGAGAUCAACCAGGGAGCAACAGACAAAGGAGCCCUAAUUAUUUAUCUGGACAAGAUCUCACACUCCGAAGAAGAAUGUAUAAGGGUUGUUACUCAUCAGGUCUUUAAAGUGGGUCUUAUCCAACCGGCAUCGGUCACAGUCUACGACUAUUACACUCCAGAGAGCCGCUGCACUCAAUUUUACCAUGUGAACGAGGGCAGUUCUCUGCUCGGCAGAAUCUGUCAGGAUGAUGUGUGUCGCUGUGCAGAAGAGAACUGUUUCAUGAAGCAGCAUGUAGGAGAUGUCACAGCUGAGCAAAGACUGGAAAUGGCUUGUGCACCUGGAGUGGACUAUGUGUACAAAGCAACACUUAUUAAAGUAGAACACAAUGACAACUACGACAAUUACGUCAUGAAGAUUCAGAAGGUCAUCAAAGAAGGUACAGACGCUGACACCACAGACAAAGAACGGAACUUCGUCAGUCACAAAAACUGUCGUGCUAAAUUAGAAAUGCAAAGAGGCAGAGAUUACCUGAUCUGGGGUGUGACUGGAGAUCUUUGGUUACAGCCAUCGGGCUAUUCGUACAUCAUUGGGAAAGACACAUGGAUCGAGUGGUGGCCGAACGAGAUAGAGUGUCAAAACCCUGAGAAUGAUGAUCAGUGUGAGGCCUUCUUCCUGGUGGCUGAACACCUGGAUCUUAUUGGCUGCCCUUCGUGAAGAGUCGGAUUCCAGAUACAUAACUGACCCCACCUUACCUAAUUAUAAGUCUGACACCUUGUAAAUGUCUUUCAUUUUAUAUAUCAUUAAAAACCAUUUUUUUGUGUUGAAA